ACCAGGAAGCAAAUUAAAUUUAACAAACACGGAGGACGGGUUUUAGACAACUCGGUGUUAUCAGACGCGUGUGACAAGUAAAAUGGCUUCUCUCCCACCAUACGAAGAAAUCGUUCGUUGGACCGUCGCGGACACCACAAGAUGGCUGGCUGAGAAUCAUCUGGAUGAGUUCAAGGAUCCCUUCAAGAAGCAAGGAGUUGAUGGAUCCAAACUAGCUAAACUUACAGAUACUGAUAUUGAUGCUUUCAAAGUUGCAUCCACCAAGAAGAGAAUUCAACUGAAGAACGCUGUCAGUAACAUUGACAGAAGCAGACUGAACAGUCUUCCUAAAACACAGGGAAUGAUGAGCACAUUCCGCAAUAUGCCACCUGAGCCGGUCCCUCCACCACGACCACCCAGACAUGAUAGGAAAUCUUACCCCACAGAACCUGCUCCCGCUCCUCCCUCCUCCCGCCAUGCCGGGUAUAACGAUGAUGAUGACGAUGCCUACAGCUGGGGUGAUGAGUUUGACUACCAGUCGGACCCAGAAGACCAAGACGACUAUAUCAAUGAGCAGCAGUGGACACCACAGGACAACACAAGAUACAACCAAGACGAGACCUAUGAAGCUGUUGAUGACGACGAUUAUGAAGAACCAGAAAAUCCCCCAGCACAGUUAGGUGGCAGUGGCACAAUUCUGGAGAAACUACAGGCAGAGCUAAGCCGAAGAGGAACCCUGAAAGGUUCUAAAAGACCUCCAGUGCCAGACCACAGUGAUGACAGCUCCGAGGACGACUAUGUGGAGCCUCAAGAAGCGCCUCCUGCCCCUUCAAGACGCUAACCACCUGUACCUAAACCCCCUGAAAGAGAUGCCCCGCCCAGACCCGCACAAAGAUCAGCACCCCCACCCCCACCAGUCGAGGACGAGGAUGUGUAUGAGGAGCCGGAGGAGGAGCUGGUGGUGACAAAGAAGGAAGAGAAGGGGAGAGCUAAGAAGAAAGGUCGGCAGUUGCCUCCAGUGCCACCAAUCCCUACA